GGUCCGUUCGCUUGAUUCUGGGCUAUUCGUGGUAGUGCCGGUUCCGUCUGUCCGUCUGUCCCUGAUCCCGAGCACCAUGCCCACGGUGCUGGGGUUCGAAGGCAGCGCCAACAAAAUCGGCGUGGGCGUGGUGCGCGACGGCACGGUGCUGGCGAACCCGCGGCGCACUUACGUCACGGCCCCGGGCACCGGAUUCCUUCCAGGUGACACGGCCAGGCACCAUCGAGCUGUUAUCCUGGACCUACUGCAGGAGGCACUGGCAGAGGCAGGACUGACCUCCCAGGACAUUGAUUGCGUUGCUUACACCAAAGGUCCUGGCAUGGGAGCCCCACUGGCCUCUGUAGCUGUCGUCGCCCGUACUGUGGCGCAGUUGUGGAACAAGCCUUUGCUAGGCGUGAACCACUGCAUCGGCCACAUUGAAAUGGGCCGCCUCAUCACGGGAGCCAUUAGCCCAACUGUUUUAUAUGUCAGCGGAGGAAAUACUCAGGUGAUUUCCUACUCAGAGCAUCGCUACCGCAUCUUUGGGGAAACUAUCGACAUUGCUGUGGGAAACUGUCUGGAUCGCUUUGCUCGGGUGCUGAAGAUUUCCAAUGACCCAAGUCCAGGCUACAACAUUGAGCAGAUGGCACAGCGAGGCAAGAAGCUAGUUGAGCUGCCUUACACUGUAAAGGGGAUGGAUGUCUCAUUCUCAGGGAUUCUGUCUUUCAUUGAGGAUGCAGCGCAGCGAAUGCUGGCCACAGGGGAGUGUACUCCUGAGGACCUGUGUUUCUCUCUACAGGUAAAAGAGGGAAAAGCUGGGAUGGAAACUGUGUUUGCGAUGCUAGUGGAGAUCACGGAGCGAGCCAUGGCUCACUGUGGCUCCAAGGAAGCCCUCAUCGUCGGAGGAGUUGGAUGUAACAGGAGGCUGCAGGAGAUGAUGGCGACAAUGUGCCAGGAGCGGGGAGCCCAGCUCUUUGCAACAGAUGAGAGGUUCUGCAUUGACAAUGGAGCCAUGAUAGCCCAGGCUGGUUGGGAGAUGUUUCAGGCUGGACACAGGACCCCUCUCCAAGAUUCUGGAAUCACUCAGAGGCAAGUGAGCACUCCUGUGAGAGCGCAGCUAGUGGGUACAAGAGACCGGCAAAAUCUGCAGCUAGGGAAGCUGAACAAAGGUGGAGAAGAACCAACGUCGCCUUGGGCAGCGGGUGUGGUGAUGGGCACCUGCGGCCCCAGCACGUACAGGACAGAUGAAGUAGAAGUGACGUGGAGGGACUAG